UUGAUUGAGGUCACACACUUCAACAUGGCGGAUUCCCAGCGUUUGGGGAUUCCCUCUAAAAAUUAGUUUCAGUGUCUUCACUAAAGAGGUCAACUUUAUCGUCUUGGUGCUGAAUAUACAGAAUCUAUGGGACUGACAACAUUCAAGCAUUGAAAUUUUUUACUGUUUCACAAUAUUAAAUGUUUGAGAACUGUGACGAGAGUACAUGUGACCUGGUUUGGCAGUUAAGCCGUGUUACUCUUUGACUCGACCAUGCCGAGCCGUGUGGUCUGCUUUGUUUGUGGCAGCCUUGGUGGUCACUUCCAGCUGCACAGCCGUCCCAGAGAAGGGUCGGCUUACUUCCCUUUCCUGGAGCAUCAUGACCCUCCCAAAGGAAGUCGACUCCCGGGCCAAGAUGGCGUUGUUGAUGCGUGCAGAGUUUGCUAUGCGUUCCUCACCCAGCAGUGGGAGUCGUAUGAACGGAGCAGCACGCCGGCCAUCAAACGACUGUACUGGUUGAAGCGCUCAGAUGAUGGUCAGUUCACUGGGGCGGAGAUGAAGCUACAGGGUGAGUACAUGGCCCAGGUCAUGGGAUUGCAGUACCAGCCGUCCUGCGGGGACAAUUGCGCUCCACUCUCACCAGAAGAUAGUGCUAACUUUUCCUCACGAGAUGGAUUUGGAAUGGGCAGCAGGGAACAUGAAUCCCAUGGGCGGAAGUUUGAGGAGAGGGAAGGUGUGCUGGACUUGUCUGUCCCUGUCAAGAGCGAAACGUCGUCUAAGAGCUCAUGCAAGUCUGGGGGUGAUGCUGAGAGAAAUGGGAGACCUUCAUCCAGGUCAAAACCUGUAAUCGAGGAGUUCAGCUUUGUCUGUUUCACAUGUGGGGUAGAGAACCAGGGUGUGGCUGCCAAGUUCAUCUCCAGUACAUAUCUUGCUGCUAGCGAGCCUUACUUUCCUUUUCUGACAAAAGUGACUCCUGCAAGUGGGGCCAUUCCCCUGAGCAGUCAGGGCAUUUGCAGAGUAUGUGACCAUUGCUUCUCAUCCCUCUGUCACCAAUGGCUUACGUACGAGCAGCAUGGCACUCCGAGUAGCGCUCGUAUCUUCAAGGUAAAGGAUUCUUUCUUCAGCAAUGACUCCAGUAUAGUAAUGGGAGGUGCAAAUGAUGUACUAGGCCCCAGUGCACGGGAGGUCUGCUACCUGUGCAGUCAACCAUGGCCAGCCCCAAAGAUGUGUGCUCUGUUCACCGUACCCAGCGGGAAAGAAAAUCGAAUGAUGUACUUUCCUUUUAUCAAAGAGCUGCGGAGGCCUCACGGUGCACGACCUCUCAACCCAGAUGGUUCAGUUCGAGUGUGCAUCAGUUGCUAUGGAAAUCUUCAGGUACAGUGGCAGGCCUAUGAAACGGAGAAUAUACCACUGCUUCAGAGAAGAUAUUCUCUCCUGCCUCUUUCUUCUAGUGCCCAGGGCACCUCUCUAUCUGCAAGCAGUUCUUCUACCACAGAUGGUGGUUCUGACGUCAAGCUUACCGCAGUGAAACGAGAGGAGGUGCCCAAAUCCUUAACCCAACCUCUCAACAUAGAUGUUAGCGAAAGCCCCACCUUCUCCAAAAGUCAUUCCCAUGGUCUGCUAGCUGUGGUACCUCCCAGCCAUUCCUCUUCUGCCACCAAUCCCUCUGCCAACCAUGCAUCUAAGACUUCUGCUACCAGCUCCAUCAUGAAUAGCUCCUCAGUGGCGUAUGAAAGAUCUCUGAGUGCAGAACAAAAGCAAUCUUCAGGAGGCGCAACCGGACAGGCGUCGUCUUCUACUACGAUUCCGCAUCCCCUUCAGCAAGCUGGAGAACGCCCUAAGAAGGUCUGCUUCCUCUGCGGUGAAAAGUGCCUCGCAUCCAGGGCGAAGACUCUUUUCUCGUACCCAGUCAGACAUGAGGCUAAAUCUGCCUCAAGCCAGUCUCAGACGAUCCCAUUCUUCCCUUUUCUGGCCAACCAGGAGCCAGCCCCGGGAGCGGACUCGUUCACGGAGGAAGGCAGCGUCCUCUCAUGCUCUUACUGCUACCACAGCCUCCUCAACCAGUGGCGGGACUACGAGGAGUCAAAGAGCCCAACUGAGAAGAACCGCUGGCUGCGAAAGUACACGCUGAAUGAGUUUGUGUGCUUCGUGUGUGGCACCAGUGUGCCCCGGAGGAAGAUGCGCACCUUGGAAGUGCAGAAGUUCCCAUUCCUGCGAGAACACAAGGCCCCUCCCACCGCCCUCGUCAUGUGGGCAGGGGAGGCGGUGGGUGCAUGUGGCGCCUGUCACUUUAGCCUGACACACCAGUAUGCUGACUUUGAGCGAUUGGGUCUGCCUGUGGAGCUGCGCAAGUACAACUGGACCGUACAGCACCAGGCUCAUAUUGAUGAGAACAGCUGUGACACACAGGACAGUAUUCAGAGACCACCCUCAGCGUCGGGCAAUGAAGACAGCAACUUAAGUGUCACUGAUGUCGGGGAGGACUCCAACUCAGGUGAGUGACAACUGUCCAUCUGACCCUCUAGUCUCUUGUACUGUCUGUCUGUCCCUCUCAUAUGUCUCACCUUCUGCUUGUCAGAUUCUGUCAUGUAACCCUUGUCUGUUGUCUUUCUUUUAUGUGCAAUACUAUGUGUGAUUUCUGAUUUAUUUUUGUGUUGGUUUUUUUGUGUUUUUUUUCUUUUAGUUGGUCCUUUAGUUCUCUUCGUCAUCUUUCUUGGGGUUUUUUUUGGUCCUUUCUGUAACCUGCUCUGAAUAACAAUUUUAUUAUUGUGGUGUGGGUUUUUUAAAAAUAUUUGCAAAGGGGGGUCUUAUUUAUUUUUUAAAGUAAGUCUCAUCUGCCAUUUCGGUGUAUGCCUCACCAUGUGGUUCUGUUGUGGCUUGUAAGUCUCAAUCGGUGUAAAUGUUUUUGUGAUUUUUUUUUCCCCUCUGAGUUACAUAAAUAGAAUCUUUCACAGGUGACAUGCACGUUCUUCUUUAGUUUCCUGUAACUAGUUUGACUGUCCAUGGACAGUGUUUGCCCCCGGAAUGUUUUUGAGGGGCGUGUUUUGUUCAGUUCUGCCACGAGCAGCGCAUUUCAGUGUCUACUUACACAGUUACCCCCGAAAUCCUUUCGAUUCUACUCCGUUAAUGUGUCCGUCUCCCUUUUUAUUGUUGGUCAGCUAAGUAAGUGCGCAAUUGUCAAUAUCAUGCGGAUCUAUUGUCUCAUAGAAAGAUAAUUUAUUACUGAAGCGUUAUUUCCCUGUUAUUUUUUUUUUUGGUCAGUUAAAGGAUAAAUGAAGUGUUCUUAUUGAAAAAGGGAUGAACGCCCAGAACUGUUGCUGUACGUAUCCGUGUUUUAUUGCACCUCGGACGUGAAGCGGUGCAUCACGAAUGGGAGACAACUCCGAUUGAAACGAUGUGUAAUAACGACAUGGUUUUCUCCCUUUUGUUGAAAUUUUCUAUCAAAUUACGCUCUACACAAUGAUAAUGGUUUAUUGCUAGUCCUUUUGCACUUCUGCGCUUAAUUAAUUCACUGUCUUAGGGUAGGUGCUUGUUGUUGUUCUGUUUUUGGACGCUGUUUUUUCUGCCUUUUGUUUAUUGUUAGAAUGUAUCUGCAAAGUAUUUCGUUUCGUUGCUUUUAUAUCAUUUUCAUAACUUCGUCACUGUGGUUUUUAAGACGACCUGUUUGCUGCGGUUUUGUAUUUUGUUCGUUCGUUAUUAUUACCAACUGCCGCUUUGUGGAAUGCGAUUCCAGACUACGGUCUUGUCAAUGGCAGCUUCAAUCUUUGUGUUGUUCAGCCCCGGCGAGUGUAUGUGAUUAUAUAUUACACGCACAGAGAGAGAGAGAGAGAGAGAGAGAGA